AUGAUGACUCAUCAAUCAGAGAAGCUCAACGGCAAUGAAAGUUCAAGUGAUGAUGAAUCAAUGGCACAAGGUUCUCCUGUCAAUGAUGACAGAAAUGAUGAUGAUUAUGUCAAUGUUGAAUUUAAUGAUCUGAAUGAAGAAGAGAAAGAAAAUCCACAUAUGGACAGUGGUAUCACAGCUGAGUCAAACGACGAUGAUGAAUCACUACGUGUUGAUGAAACAACUGAUCCUGAAUCAAUGGAUGAAGAUACAUGCCAUGCUUUUUAUGAACUUGAACAUCAAAAAGAAAAAGCGAUGGAACAAUUAUCAAAUGUAUUUCAACUGUUGAACAUAGACCCGAUCCAUGACAGAUCAGCAGUAUUAUCCAUUCGAGCCAAAGUCGAUGAGGUAUAUAGAAAACUUAAUCGAUUAUGUGACGUAUUAGAUGAAAAAUCUCAAGUUUCAUAUGAUCCAAAUCCUCAUGGAUUAAUGAUAUGUGAAUCAAAUGAUCUUUUGGAUGGAUUAAAGAAGUUUAAAUCAAAGCCAAAUCAGGCUCGACGAUCGCUUGUUCUUCGAAAAAAUAAUGGGAUAUUAGCCUAUCCACAAUGUCUACGAGGAAAUAUUCCUUUAUCUGAUUCAACAAUUGAUGCUGUAGUCAAUUUCUAUCGUGAAGAUGGUAUUAGUCGAACCUCAUCCAAUUCCAAAGACACAAUUAAAAUUAAAGGACAACCAGUGGCAGUUCGGUUUUUAGAAAUGAGUGUCUUGGAUGCUUAUCAUAUCUUCAAUGAACGACAUCCUGGAACUGUUGCAAGAUCAACUUUUAAUGCUCUUCGUCCACGUGAAGUAAAAACUGUAACACCACAUGAAACGUGCAUGUGUAUUAUACAUGAGAACAUGGAUCUAUUACUGAAGGUUUGUACCAGCUGUAUAUUGAUUCGAAUGUAACGUAGCUUUAUUACAGGGAUGGAACAACUACUACCGAAAAUGUGUCAAUGCAGGUUCUUUGUCAACUGGUGGCAAGGUCAAUAUGAAAGAUCUAAUUACUCAAAUGGUUUACACUGUCUCGAAUGAAAAGUGCUUUAAUGGUGAAUGUGAUGAAUGUCCAACUGAAAGCAUCGCAGAUAUUCUCACAGAUAACAAUAUGAUCGAUUUGGAUGACGAAUGUUCAUGGAAUUUGUGGAAGAAAGUCAAUAACAAGUUCGACCUUCAACAGAUGUCUGGCUCAACUGACUCUUUAUUAACGGAAAUUGAAGAAAGAUGGUCUCCAUUCUUGCUUCACACACACAUUAAUCGCGAACAACGUGAAUAUAUCAAAGAGCUACGCUGUCAAUCAACAGAAAAGACUUUCGUUGUUGCUCAAAUAGAUUUUUCAAUGAAUUAUACAUUGAUGCGUCAGCGUGAAGUUCAACAAGGGUUUUUUAGUCAGCACCAAGUUACCUUAUUUACAAUUCAUCUGACCAUUGGAAAAGAACAACGAAAUUUAGCGAUCAUCAGUGAUUAUAUGGAACACACAACGGUAUUCGUACACUGUGUACAAAAAAUUCUCACUCGAUUUAUCAAGAAAAAUUUUCCGUUGGUAAAGAAGAUGAAUUAUGUGAGGUAAGUUUUACUGUUUUUGAAGUUUAUGUAUGACGUCCAUCCUUUCCUUUUCUUUAGCGAUGGUGCGUGUGCAUAUUUCAAAAACAAUGCCAGCAUUUUGAACCUAAUCCACCACAAGAUCGAUUUUGAUUUGGAUGCUUGUUGGACAUUUACAGCUACAGGACAUGGUAAGGGUGGUGGCGAUGGAAUUGGUGCGGUACUCAAGUCCACGGCUAGACGUGCUACACUUUCCAAGAACAUUCUCAUGUCAAAUGCAAAAGACUUCUACGAAUUCACCCAGAAACAACAACUUGAAACGGCAAGAAGAUCUAACAAGGAUAUUCCUGGUGUUCAUGUGUUCUUUCUUGAAUCAGGUAAAGUAGAAGAAGCGAAGAACAGUUAUCUGCAAGCUAGAAGCGAAAAAUUUCGAGCAGCUGGUGAGAAAGACUUUCUCUUCUAUUCCUUAAUGUCUGUAUUCACUUAGGUACAAUACAAGGCAUUCGAAGUAUGCAUGAAUUCAAACCAAUCAACAAUUCAACUGUUCAAUAUAGUUUGACAUCUCGGUCAACAAAGAUCAGGACAUUUACAUUCAAAUAAAAAUCCUCUUUAUAUCUUUUUCAGUCAAUCAAAUUUUUUAAAAUCAACCCUGAUGAUGAUACUCACGAGGGAACCUUUUCAACUGUCCAAUCGCUUUUGAGUUCGA